AUGCAAUUACCGGUUCUCAGCUGCACUUUCCUCACACUGUCAGAUCGUGAGGAAAGUACUGCCGAGAACCAGCAGUUGUCAGAGCGGGGAUCGGCACCGAUCAUCAGUGCCCUGAUGAUCGGUGCCCAGCAGUGCCACACACAAGUUCCGCCCACCUGUGCCCAGCAAUGCACCCACCUGUGUCACCCAGCAGUGUCACCACCUAUGCCCAGAAGUGCCACCCACCUGUGCCCACCCACCCUGCCAUCAGUGCCCAGCAAUGCACCCACCUGUGUCACCCAGCAGUGUCACCACCUAUGCCCAGAAGUGCCACCCACCUGUGCCCAC